AAGUUUACUUCGGAACAAAGCUCAACAUUUUUAUCCGGCUUGCCGAAACCCGAGUGAUACAGCAGUUUACCGUAAACCGGUUUUUCGCAUAGAGACCGAAACGUAGCGAACAUGUUUGCCCGUCUGAUUGUUUCAGGGAACAGAUCUCGUUUGCUGUGGGUCUCCUGUCGCGCCGCUUCAAUUGGUAGCGGCACCGGUGAAGGCGACAAAGGGGCGACGCUGCAAAAAUCGGCCCCCCAAUACCAACAUCAUCAAUCAGGUGGUGGCGAUGGUUCAAAAGAUACGAUGCUAUCUGCGACAGCCGUCAUCUUUGGGGGAUCGUUGCUGACAUAUUUGAUAACGCACAAGAUAAAAAAUGAUUCUUCUAAAAUCUACGCAAAAGAAAUACCUCUCGAUGAAAUCCGCAAAGCACACGAUACUGUCCGCAAGGAUCUGCCCGAGUACACGAUGGACGAGGUGAUAAAACACAACGCGCCGUCGGCCGGAAUUUGGGUGACGUAUGGAAUCGGUGUGUACGAUAUCACAUCGUUCGUUCCGAAGCACCCCGGUAGCGAUAAGGUCAUGCUGGCCGCCGGUGGCGCAAUUGAUCCUUUCUGGCACGUGUUCCAGCAGCACAACACGAAAGAAGUGCUAACACUGCUGGAAUCGUAUCGCAUCGGGAAUUUGCGGGCGGACGACGUGGUCGGAACGAAGGAUUUGCACAACCCGUGGGCAGCCGAACCGAAACGUCAUCCCAUCCUGAAGCCUGCAACCUUGCAACCAUUCAAUGCCGAACCGCCGGCAUCGAUUCUUGUCGACAGUUUCUUGACCCCGAAUGAAUUUUUCUACGUCCGCAAUCAUCUGCCCGUGCCGGAAGUGGACAUAAAAAGCUACGAACUCGAGCUAGAGAACGAAAAAUCCGGCAAGAGUAAAACGAUCCGUUUCGGAGAUCUCCGCAAGUAUCCCAAGCAUACCGUAACGGCGACGAUAAUGUGUGGAGGUAACCGACGCAGCGAAAUGAUGGAAGUUAAACCAAUCAAAGGACUUCCCUGGGGUCCUUCGGCAGUUGGUAAUGCGCAAUGGACAGGGGCGCGACUUUGCGACGUGCUGCGUGAUAUGGGCGUACGGCAAGGAGACGAAGAGGGACACGUGCAAUUCGAGGGGCUCGAUACGGACCCCACAAGCACACCGUAUGGUGCCUCGAUACCGCUGGCUAAGGCAAUGGACCCUCGUGGUGAUGUUAUUCUAGCGUACGAAAUGAACGGCCAGCCGUUGAACCGUGAUCAUGGCUUUCCGGUGCGCGUCAUCGUACCGGGAGUGGUCGGUUCACGGAACGUUAAGUGGCUCGGCAAGAUAAUUGUGUCACGAGAUGAGAGCAACUCGCACUGGCAGCAGAAUGAUUACAAGUCGUUCAGUCCAAGCACAGACUGGGACACGGUGGAUUUCAAGACUGCUCCAGCGAUUCAAAACAUGCCCAUUACGUCGGCCAUUUGCACUCCAGCCAAUGGUGAAACGUUGACGGUGGACGAUGGUUUCGUUACGGUCAAAGGAUACGCCUGGUCGGGCGGUGGUUCCGCCGUCAUCCGCGUGGAUCUUAGCGCCGAUGGCGGAAAAACGUGGGUUGUAGCUAACUUAGAAGAAACCGAACUAGGUACCGGUCCCGGUCGCCACUGGUCGUGGUCCCUGUGGUCAGCCAAGAUUCCCAUCCAGCCCGGCCAACGUGGACCGAUAGAGAUUUUUUGUAAGGCAGUGGAUUCCAACUAUAACACACAGCCUGAAACUUUUGAAAACAUCUGGAACCUUCGUGGUGUGGUUGGCAAUGCGUACAGUAGAGUGAAGAUUAACUUAAAACCAGCAGCCCGUUAGCACGCACUCAAAAGUUAUAUUGUGAUCAACUUAAGUGUACGGUAUCGAAAUCGAUAAAUAAAAUAUCGUUCCCUUAUUUCAGUUAUUUACACCAAUUUGGUGCCACAAAAUAACUUCGAUGAUCUUUGAAAUAAUCUUUUAAAGCGCAUGGAUGUUGUCGCUAAAUGUGUUUUUGGAAUACGAAAACGUAUCACAAUAUGUCUUAGAAAGUAAGCGAAAAAUUAAGAUCAAAUGUUGCUUUUGUUAAAAUAAAAAUAAUGUUUAU